UAUAAAUCUUGAGCGCUCGCGUAACCUCGCCCUCAGAUAAAGUUUGCCUUUUCUUGUUGCUUUUCUGGAUGUUUUUGCAUUUAAACUAAAUGUUUUACUUUGUUGAAUAUUUGUAUUGUGGGCUGAAGAAGGUUUGGAGAAGCUCUUGGUGGAUUUUGACGGGUGAAAGAUGAUCUCUCCUAGGGAUUGUAUGUAUGCUGGAAAAAAACGAAGAAAACCUAUUCAGAAACAUAAACCAGAGAAAGUUGGAGAGAAAUCAAACCCAUCUAAGAGACACCGUGACCGUCUGAACGCCGAACUGGAGCGGCUGGCAAAUCUGCUUCCCUUCAGCCCUGAUGUCAUUUCCAAACUUGACAAACUGUCAGUGCUGAGACUCGGCGUGAGUUACCUGCGAGUGAAGAGCUUCUUUCAAGCGGUGACAGAGAGAGAUGAUCACAGUAGCGAUGCAUCAAAGCCGGACCACGAGAAGGAGAUUCUGUCCUAUGUGAUAGACAGUGACCUUCUUCUACAUUCUCUGACUGGAUUCGCAUUGAUCAUCGGUACAGAUGGGGUUAUCUUCUAUGCAUCUUCCACUAUUGUUGAUUACCUGGGAUUUCAUCAGACAGACGUGAUGCACCAGAACUUCUUUGAUUAUAUCCAUGUGGAGGAACGUCAGGAGUUUUGGAGACAGCUCCACUGGUCCAUGAACCCCAGCCAGUCAGACCCUCAAACCACCGGAGACACGAUAGAUGAGGCUGCUGCGAUGGUUAAUCUGUUCAGUGCCCAUGCGACUGAUGGGGUUCGUCCUGACCUGUCACCCUUCCUCACACGCUGUUUCGUAGCCAGAGUACGCUGCCUGCUGGACAGCACCUCCGGCUUUCUGAGCCUGCAGUUUAAUGGCAGUCUGAAGUUCCUGAAGGGUCAGAAGAGAAACACAAACACUGGAUCUCGGCUCGCUCUGUUCUGUGUGGCUGUUCCUGUAGUUGUGUCCUCAAAUACAGAGCUCACAGUCAAGAGGAUGAUGAUGAAGAGCAAACACAGAACCUCUUCCAGCAGGUUCGCUGUUUCUCAUGGCUCAUCUGACAGCACCUGGUCAAGCUCUUCAUGUACUGAAAGUUCCAAGUCAGCCCUGGCCAAUAGGAUGUACAGAGGAGAUGCCAGUAAAACCCAAGAGCAACCUCUCAGCUUCUGUGUUUCAUCUCUGGUCAGCUCUAGACUGCAGGCUCUGGAUGUUCCCUGGAAAGCCCACUGUCUUGUUGCUUCAUGCCCGGGGUCCGGCAGUAUCUACCACACCCCUGGAAAAUUACAAACUGAUUGUGACACACGUAGGCUCAAUGGUUACAGUGAGGAGGAGAGUUACUGCAUUAAUGGAAAGGGUGAAAGUAGAAACUAUGUGCAAAAUGAAUGUUAUAACAACACGGUUCUCCCCAAAGCUGCCAUUAAAACCGAACAGGAUUCAGAUUCUGAAAAUGGGUGUAACACAUAUGGCAUGCAUUGGCAAUAUCCACAGAUAAAAACUGAAGCUGAAUAUUAUGACAACUACACCUCAUGUCAAAGAAGCAAAACUGCCAUUAACCCUUACCUCAAUGGACACCACAAGCAUCUCUACGCAGUAGUCGCCAAACCUCUCAAGUGUGUCCUGAACAAAAGCCUGAAGUACUGUGACGCUUUAAGUGGCAGUCAGGAGUUUGCAAAUUCCUCUGUGGAUCAUAAACACUACAUGCAGGAUAUCCGCCUGGCUUAUGAGUUCAGGAGUCAGGGAAUAAAGCAGGAGAUCAAACAAGAACCUUACGAACAUCCCACUUGGUCUGAAAGUUGUCAUGAUUUUAGUCAAGGCCACGUGCAAAGAAAUAUCACUACAAACUACACUGUGAGCAGCGCAGUACACAAAGCAACCCCAUAUGUUUACAUGCAGUGACUUAUAUCAGUGGUUCCCAAACUUUUUCAGCGUGUGGCCUCCCUUGUGUACAAUGCAUUCCCAAAGAAAAUUUGUGACAAAAACUGUUCUAAAACAGUUAAAAAACAUUAAAUUAUACAAAAAAGUAGGGCUUUUGGUUAGAAGCCUUAUUUUUUUAGGUUAAAUUACACAGAAUUCAUGAUAAAUUAAUGUAUUUCAUAAAAUGUCAUAAAACUGCGGCCCCCUGGCACCAUCUCACAGCCCCCACUUUGAAAACCACUGACUUAUAUGACCAACUGCAGCUGUUAGGUAGAAAGUCUUUAUUAAAAAAGAUCUGAUUGGUACAUUAAAUGCAAAUGCUCAGGAUUUCUGCUAUUUUGAGACAAAGAAAAAAAAACUUUUUAUUAAAAAUUUUGUAAUUUUCUAUUUGGAUAAUGUUGACCUCAAUGCAGAUUUUGUGUGGCACACAUAUGGUUCUCUUUUCCCACUUGAGUUUUUUUAAUAAUUUGGAAAAGAUGACCGUCAAAAUUUGAAUUCAAAAUAUUCCUGCAGCUUAAUUGGUAGGUCACUGUGUUAGCAUUGCAAACGGUCAUGGGUUUGAUCCCAGGACACACACAUACUAAUAAAAAACAUAUAUUUAAAAUGCACUGUAAGUUCUUUUAAAUUAAAGCAUGGACCAAAUGUGACAAUUUAUCUAUUACAAAUAUAACCUAAAGAGGUCAUAAACGUAGUAUAAAUUUUUAUAUUUUAACCAAUA